AGCGGCUCGAGCCCGGCUCACGACGUCCCCCCAGCGCACACUGAAGCGGCCCCCACAAGGCGCCUUUUCCAGGCGAUGGCGCCCGUUGCACUCGCGGUCGUCGCCACCCUGCUCGGCCUCUCCAGCGGCGGCCGCGUCGACCGGGGCAGGCGCCACGAGGCGGGGCACCACGCGCGCGGCGACAACGCGACCGCGGCGGAGCUCGAGCACCAGCGCACCAAGGACUUGCUCGAGCGGGCAUCCGCCGAGGCGGCGUCCGCCCAGGCCAUCCUCAAGGAGGUGCAGGACGCAGGGAUCUACAAGGCGGCGGAGAACCUCCGGAGGGCCAGGGCGCAGGAGGACGCCAAGGAGCAGCAGAAGCUGCUGGGCACCAUGGACCUCAUGCUGCGGUCGCCAGCGCCCGCGAAGGCGUACUGGGCUCCGGGCGGUGCUGCGCCGCCUCGGGAGCCCCUCGCGCAGCCCCCCCUCGGCGCGCCAGGACAGGAAGCAGGCCGCGAAGCAGCCUGUGCAGACGCAGGUCUCUCAGAAGGACAUGGACGCGUUCGUCGCUACAUUGUCCUCUGCAUGUGGCAAGCAGUUUAACGCAAUCAUGGCCGGGAGCGCUCCGGCGAUCCACACCUUCGGCGAGGUGGGCGUGAACUCCACCGAGGGCGGCUGCGGCAGGCUCGAGGGCGCCCUGUGCGACACCGAGGCCCAGAUCGAGUCCGCCAAGUCGGGCCCGGCGGACCGCCGCAUGAGGUCCUUGCAUCACGUCACGGGCCAGGGCUGCCUGCCAAGCCAGUGCACGCAGAAGGACGACCUGGCGGCCCUGGCGGGCUUCAUGCAGUCGAGGGCCAAAGAGGCGGUGCCCGGCACCGGCAUCCUGGUGAGGCUCAGCGUGGACUGCACGGGCAGCGGCGGCGCCACGGCCAAGGUGGGGUACGACGACGGCGCUGGCCCCACCAACCAGCUGCACAAGGCCCUGUCGACGAAGUCCGGCGCCGCGCGCGGAGGAGCCGCCCUCGCGGCCCUGGCGAUCGGAGCCGCGGCGGCGAUGUGAGGCCUGGCCCGAGGAGGAGGGCUCGGGGAGAGGUCGACGAGGUCGGGGUGGAUGCUCAGGCACCUCGCACGGUCGCGGCGGCGCGGCGGCCGAACGUCGAGCGGCCGCGCGGCAGUAGCGCGGCCUCGCCUGCGCGGAGCGCCCGCCUCGCGGCGCGCUGCCCCCUCGGAGAGGAA